UGUAAUCUUUCUGUAUUUAAAUCUCUAGUUAGACAUUGACUUUCUAUUCAAGUUGCCCUUCUAUUUGUGUUCCAAUGUAUUUGGUCCAAUAACUCUUGUGUAAGUGCAGCACAACUAAUUAAGGAUAAAUUGACUAUUCUUCAGAGUGAAGCCGUAGUGUACAAACUUAGUUCAUCAGUAGGUGAACCAGGUGUUUUUAGGUUCCCAAACACACCCAGCAGCCUCUGAGCAACACAAAACAAAGAAGAAAAAAUGAAACUAGCUGACAGAGUAAACCAGGAAGGGAAAGUACAAGUGUUUUUGUAUGUAAUCGUUCUUUUAGGUGAGCGAGGGAGUGUCUUUGAUUAGGAUUUUCUUUUUUUUCUGAGAUAAGUCUUAUUAGAGUCUUCUCUUGAAUGAUAUAUUCAAAAAAACAGACAGCCAGUCUACCAUUUAAAGGACGACUUGUUAUGGUGUGGCUUCGUGAAAAAUAGUAUUUAACCCUCUUCCCCAAAUAUUUAAUCGGUAUUACUAAGUAGCUGCUCUACUGGAAACUGGAACUGUGGAAAUUCUAGGUCAUCCACAUGUUUCGCCUCGUCACCAGUGUCCGUAAACUCAGCGUUAUUUUUCACAGUGCAACCAGUUCCACUGACCGGACCAUCAUCAGCUUCUCAUGUGUCAUGUCUCUGAGUGCUCACUAGAUGGCCAUAAUAAACAGCCUUGUGCCCACAACUCAAAGAAAAAAAAAACCAAUAGAUUCCAACAAUGUACUCAUUUUAUUUGUGAUCCUAUCCUGUAAUUUAUUAUCAGGUUAUUAGAACUAAAUGUUCUAACAUUGUUCUAGCACUUUGAUGCUAGGAAUACUAAACGUGUCUGAAAAAUUCCCAGACCCUGACAAGGGUUUUUGAAAGUUAUAGAAAGAGAAUUCUUAACCAUUUUCAAACCACCAAUGGAUGCAUAAAUCUCUAAUUGAUGAGACGCAGAUCUCUAGCAGACUCCACCAUUCAAGAAACUAAAAUUACAAGUACCUCAUAGACCUAGAUUGGUCUUCUGUAUUGAUAGUAUCGAUACUCAAAAAAGACUCAAUCAGUGGUAUCAGUACUUAGCGUACAGAUUAACCCACCACAUGUACAUCAUUGACUCAGAUCACUUGGACUUUAUUAGCCGUGUACAUCUCUCUGGUUUCACAUGUUUACAUCAUUUCUACAAUCUAACUAUUUCAUUUAUUAAAAAAUAUAGUUUUUAUAACAAACUGGAUAAAGAUGCAAAGAGGAUUUUCCAAUUUAACCUGACAGUUGAGAAAUAAUGGAAGUACUGUAGCAUGUUUAUACUAUUUGUGGUUCCCACAAUGAGAGAAGAAAAACGAGAGCACACAGAAACCAGAGAGACAGAAAAUGAAACCCGUUGACUCAGUGUCCUUGUGUCAUGACAUCAUUUACAAAUAGUAAGUAACAACUUUUUUAUGGGGAACACAUGCAAGAAUAUAAAUGAGUGUUUGCACCUCGAGCAUCACAAACAUCUCAAUUAAUAUCAUGAACAUUCUUUACAUUGUGUGAGUCCCUUCUGUGUCCCUUGAUGCUUCAUCUCUUUAGACAGCGUGAGGAAGCUGGGGACAGCAGCACGGAAGUCAAAUACUGAAACAUCUCUAUUUAAGAAGCUUAUCUAUUAUUGUCAAGAAUAUAAAAGCUUGAUGUUGAUGCAUAGUUUACGUUUCAGAGUUCACCUCCAAUUUACCACAAUCCCUGAAGCGUUAAACGCUGGAAACAAGAUGUUUAACACCUCAGCUGACCGUUGGGGUGAAAAAGAUGUGCAGCACAGUCGUUUCUCAGAAGUCUGCCUGCCUGCUCAUCAGUGGGGGAAGUUUGAUAGAGGUUGGGGGGGUGUUACUCUCACCCACGGGACUGCUGCUUUCUGUAUAUAUAAGAGGAACCCUCAAACACCAACGCUACAGACUCUGGACGGACGCAAAGGAGACAUCGGUUCUAUUGAACUCUGGAGCUUUGUCUGCACAACCUGCUGCUCUGUCUGUGUAGAAUGUCUCACAAGAAGAUGCUGCAAUGCUCCAUGGGAGCUCUGCUUCUCCUCUUACCCUGGUUUGGUGGCCUGGUCCUGGGAGAGAUCAGCAAGGACUUCUCCCAGUGCCUUGAUUUCUUCUAUAAGGAAACUCCACCCGCAGGUAUCCCAGCAGAGGGGUACCAGCCAAUAUGCCAGCGCUACCAAAACCAGUACCGCUUUGCGAGCCUGUAUCACCGUGAGCAUCGUUCACCGCUGUACUCUGCGUACAUACUCAGUCCUCCAGAUGGUAAGCGGCCCAAAUCUACCUGGAUGUUUGAACCUCAGUUGGCGUUUUCCAGUGCCAGCUCAGAGAUGCAAAUCUUCCACAUCCCCGUGGACCAGAAUGUGAUUGAGAGCCAGGCGGUGAAUGAGGACUACAAGAACUCCAACUUCACCAAAGGACAUCUCAAUCCAAGCCUGCACCAGAAGACCAAACAAGACCGCAAGGCCACCUUUACACUGACUAACAUUGUCCCACAGAAAAAGGGCUCCAACGCCGGACCGUGGAAUGAUCUGGAGAGGAAAGUUUUCGGAAAAUUCAAGGCCUUCUGCAACGGGACUAUGCAUGUGAUCACCGGAGUCAUGCCGUACGAGUCUGAAUCGCACUGGAUCAACAACAGGGUGUCUGUCCCUGAGUACAUGUGGUCCGCCUACUGCUGCCCAUCCUUCAGAUCCGACCUUCCUGAGCAAGAGAAGCCCUUUUUUCCCACGUAUGCUGCAGUGGGAAGGAAUGAUCGUAACAGUGGAGAGGAGUUUGUGCCAGUUAACGUCAAGGCGAAACCCUCUGUGAAGGGCUACGAUGUGAGGCGCAUGUCCUUACAGGAGCUGGAGGACAUCCUGAGACAGAGGCUGAAUGCGCCCAUCGCUCUGUUUAAUGGACAGUGCAAUCAGUAAAUGUCUCUGUGGUGGGUGUGCGCUGCUGUAUUCACCAUGUGCAGCACAUCUUUUCUUCUUUAAUUACUUGAAUGACCGUUCUAAUCAGGAAAGGAAAUACAUUUUUUAAAUGAUUUUAUUUUUCAAAUAAUAUUUUUCCCUGUUAUGUUGUGUCACCCUGUAACAACUGAUUUCACUGUGAUUUUACUAAUGGAAUAAGAUAUUAAAUAGGUGAAGAGCCUUCUUAUUAAACAGAAUGAAUAUUGAUUUUCUGUUGAAGUAUCCACUUUGUUUAUACACAUGCAAACACCUCCAAAUAAAAUGGUUGCACAUUUCACACUUUGUACUCUCUGUAUGCACCAGCAGGAUGUAUAAAGUACAAAUUACUGUCUGAUGUGCUGAGCAACAAGUAACUUUAGGGACAAACUGUGUUCAAUGUGAUUUUUCUCAGGAUGUUAUCAGGUUAUUGUUUUUAAUUAGUUAAGACCUUAACCACCCUAACAGGCUGGAUGAACCAU